GAUCGCUUCUUCAUCUAACAAAACGUUACCAAGAGCCUUUCACACUCCCAAGUUCCAUAAAUGCGACGACGUAUCAACGGGAAUCCAAACACGUUCUUUUGUUCCACAAAAAUGGAACACCGGGGAAAGGAAAACAAAAAUACAGUCGUAUCCGUAUUCAUGCAAAAAGGCGCCUUCUAAACGUUUGAGUGGCAACCUUUUCAUGACGUAACGUGUCUACGCCGCUGUGUGCUACGACUGCUACGAGCGGCCCGUAGCGGAUCAGUGUGCCCGUAGAUCCGCUACGGAACGGUCGUGCGGCGCUGCCAACUUAGCGACUUGUUGCCGAUGCCGCGAUUUUUUUUUGUGAAUUCGAUUUUUGAAAUUUUGAAUGUGCCAGUGUUAAUAAAAAAAACGUGUUCUUUAACGUAUGUUUUUGAAAAUCGCUCAACGGAAAAGGAUGUAGAUUGUUUAUUGGGAUUUCUGCCUAUAAUAAUAAAAACUAUUCCGAUUCAAUAAACUAUGUAAAUGAAAACAUUAAAAUAAUACCCGGAGAAAAAAGAAAUAGACACUGGCACGUUACAAAUGUACACAAAAUUAAAAGCGCGAUGAAAAAUAAGUGAAAAGGAAAACAAAAGAGCGUUGCCGUUGCGUCUCGAGCGAAAAUGACUCUUCUUGAGUACUUUUAAUGAGGGAAAAUGUACUGUUUUUGCGUGUAAUAGUGAAUAGUUGACGGAAUGAGGAUCGAGAGGACGUGUUUUUGGUCGAUGCUGCAGGCGUUGGCGUUGUUGCCUACUAUGGCUUUAAAAGAUGCUCAAACAACCACAAAGAAAUUCCCCGACGACCCGGAGUUUGAGCGGCCGAUCGGCAACCAUACAUUCUUCCUCGGUCGCGAGGCAGUACUAGGAUGCGCAGUCACCAACCUGGGCAAGCAUAAAGUGGGCUGGCUCAGAGCAGAAGACCAAACAGUGCUGACCAUGCACGACCGGGCGGUGCUGGGCGCGCGCUACUCCGUCAGCCGAGACUCUCCUAGGACUUGGCAGUUGAGGAUCCGGCCCCUUAGAGCGGAGGACCGCGGUUGCUACAUGUGCCAGAUCAAUACGCAGCCCAGUAUGAAGUGGCAGAUCGGGUGUAUAGAUGUUUUUGUACCCCCCGAUAUCGUGAGUGACGACACGUCCGGCGAUGUCUCCGUCCAGGAGCUGGAGAACGCCACCCUCACAUGCAAGGCCACGGGCCACCCACCCCCCAAAAUCACCUGGAGGAGGGAGGACCAUGAACCGAUUCUGCUGAAGAAGACGCUCUCAAGGGAGUUUGUCAAAGUUGAAAGUUACGUGGGCAGCUCACUGCCGUUAUGGCGGGUGGACCGCAAGCAGAUGGGAGCGUUUCUCUGCAUCGCGUCCAACGACGUGCCGCCCGCAGUCAGCAAAAGGAUCAUUUUACUCGUAAAUUUUGCACCAACAGUGAAAGUGCCAAACCAACUGUUGGGGGCGCCACUGGGCACGGACGUCAAACUUAAGUGCUACGUGGAGGCCUACCCCAACACCAUCAACUAUUGGAUUAAGAAUAGGGGAGAGAUGCUGCUAGACGGGCCGAAAUACACGAUAAGAGAAGAGAAAUCCUCAUACAAAGUGUCGAUGUGGCUGACUAUCCGGCAGUUCGCUCGGAGCGACAUCGGAACCUACAACUGCGUCAGUACCAACUCGCUGGGCAAAAGUGAGGGCACGCUCAGGCUUUACGAAAUCAAACUAAACUCCUACAAUGAAGAUUUCAGCAAUCAAAUCAGCGUAGCUGGAGGUCUCACAGAAGCAGCCAAAGGAAACUCAACGAACAAAUUACUAUUCAAAAGGACUUUGUUAACCAUAUUGUUUUGUUACCUCACAAAUGUUUACAUGUUCACGUAGUCGUUAUAUAUGUAAAUAGGUGUUAUAAUCGUUUAGGCAUGGGUGAUAAAGGAUUAAUUAUUGUACAGUCGCGGUAAAAUAACUAGGGACUAUGUUUUACAUUGUGGAUGUAUGUAUAUCAAUACCGUCUAAAAUCUACAUAUAAUUUAAUAUAAAUAAUAAAGUUAACAUUUAAUGAAAAUACGAUGAAAAAUUUAUUAAAAAAAAAUAUUAAAUGAAUUAAUAGGUCUCGAGACUCACGCUCCGCUUCUAUGGUUUGUUUUCUAAACCACUUUAACUCAUGGCGCAAAAUACUACUAGUUCUGUGUGCCGGUUCUAUACGUUAGUAAUAAUAGUUCAAUGUGUAACUCAGAUUUUUUUCUUUAAUCUUUUGUAGAGACGAUAUUUUUGUUUCCUUCACCACCAAUUAUGAUGCACGAAGUCGCCCCUGCCUAAACGACUCCUAAGAUAAUGUAUGCUUUAAAAACGUAAUUCAAUUACAUGGUUUCAAUUUGUGUAAAUAGUAAAUGUAAGAUGUAAUUAUAAAGACAACGAUUCAAGUAACAAUUGUAGCUCGUGUAACCGACUUUGCUUAGAACCGCCAAAAUAAAGUAUUAUUAUUUCUAUUUUCAUGGGUUUAAGCAAACACUAUUGUAAUAAUACUCUAAGGCUUAGAGUCUAAGUACUA